GUCGAAAGUCGAUUGAGACGAGAGUUUACGUUUUCAUUGAGUCCUCACAGACCACGUGUAAAUGUUUAAAUAUCUUCGUAAGUUUUAUUUCGAUAAAAAAGCGCACGUGUGAUCGUUUUAAAAUGAAAGUUAAAGUGUUAAGUAGGAAUCCUGAUGAAUACUUACGAGAAACUAAACGAGAUAUUCAUAAAAUUCCAAGAAAUUUCGAUCCAUCUUUACAUCCCUUUGUAGCUCCAAGAGAAUACACGAAAGCAUUGAACGCUGUUAAACUCGAAAGAGUAUUUGCAAAACCAUUUGUAGGCAAUUUAGAAGGCCAUAAGGAUGCAAUAUCUUGCAUAUGUAAACAUCCUUCUCAAUUAUCUACUUUAUUGAGUGGUGCUUAUGAUGGUGAAGUAAGAAUGUGGAAUCUUGCCCAAGGAAUCUGCAAACGUACAUUAUUAGCUCAUGAUGGUAUAGUUCGUGCCCUUACAUAUGUGCCUAAUGGAAAACAUUUUAUUACUAUUGGAGACGACAAAACAAUUAAGACAUGGGAUGCUAAUAAAGAAGAAGAAGAACCUUUAAAUACUAUUGUCAGCAAAACAGUACUAACUAAUAUAACGCAUCAUCGAACUAAACCUCUAUUUGUCACCUGCGGAGAAGGAUUAUGUCAUAUGUGGGAAGAAACUCGUAAUGAACCACUCCGUACAUUUAAAUGGGGUGUAGAUAGUUUACACGAUGUAAAAUUCAAUCCUAUCCAGAAAGAUCUUUUAGCCUCUUGUGCAAGUGAUCGUAGCAUAAUUUUAUAUGACACCAGAGACACAGGACCCUUAACAAGAAUAGUAAUGAAAUUACGGAGCAACAAACUUUCUUGGAAUCCCAUGGAAGCUUUCGUCUUCACAUGUGCUAAUGAAGAUUACAAUUUGUACACCUAUGAUAUUCGGAAAUUAAAAACGCCAAUGAAUGUACAUAAGGAUCAUGUAGAGGCUGUGAUAGAUGUGGAUUAUUCGCCGACAGGAAGAGAAUUCGUUUCGGGUAGUUACGACAAGUCUAUUCGUAUCUUCGAGGUUAAUAAAGGUCACUCGCGAGAAGUGUACCACACAAGACGCAUGCAGAGGCUUACCUGCGUAGGAUGGUCACUCGAUGAUAAAUACAUAAUAAGUGGCAGUGAUGAAAUGAAUCUUCGUAUAUGGAAAGCUAAAGCAUCAGAAAAACUUGGUCUUCUGAAGACUAGAGAAAAACUAGCACUACGUUGCAAUGAUGCUUUGAAAGAAAAGUAUGCGAUUCAUCCUGAAAUUCGACGUAUUGCGCGUCAUAGACAAGUGCCGAAACACAUAUACAAUGCUCGAGUUGAAUUACGGAAUAUUCGUGAGAAAAGUAAACGCAAGGAAGCUAAUAGACGUACUCAUUCUAAGAAGGGAACCGUACCAUUCGUGUCAGAAAGAGAAAAGCACGUGGUACGUCAAGAUAAUUGAAAGGAUAUGUAUCGUUUUACUUGAUAUACUUUGAAAUA